CGUCGCUCGCGCUGCUGCUGGCGCUCGGCCUGCACACGCACGGCGGCUUCGCGCGCGCCUGGCUCAAGUGGCAGCGCCUCGACAUCUACGACGAGGCCUGUACCAUCCAAGCACCGGACAUCAUGACCAAAGUGUUCCGGCCACCAGAGAAUUGUUCCAUGUGUGUUGGUGUGCACCAUGUAGAAAAAGUCGAUAACAUUUCACCAGCCGACUUCGAAGAAAAAUACGCGUACACUGGAAAACCGGUAGUUGUGACUGAUGCGAUGGAGAACUGGACUGCUCCAGAGGUGUUCGACUUCGAGUUCUUCAAGAGUAUUUAUGACGAGAGAAACGUACGAGGCUGCCAGUUCUUCCCGUACGAAACGGAAUUCAAGCGCUUGGAGGAAGUGUUCGACAUGAGCGAAGACAGAGCAAAGAUGAGGGAUGGCACCAAACCUUGGUAUGUUGGCUGGAGUAACUGCGAUGAUCGUAUCGCUCGUAUCCUGAGGGAGCACUACACGCGCCCCUACUUCCUGCCCCCAACUGCGGAGAACAAGAACACUGACUGGAUAUUUAUCGGGAGCCCCGGCUACGGGGCCCACAUGCACGUGGACAACGUGGGACAUCCGUCAUGGCAGGCGCAGCUGAGGGGCAGCAAGAAGUGGACGCUGCAGCCGCCUCCCGAGUGUUUCUACUGCUGCGACACGCUGCAAGUUGUUGUCGAACCCGGAGAGAUAAAUGCACCUGGUACAAAUGUAAAUGCCAAAUUGGAACAUAAAAUAUCAGAAUAUACCCAUGAUAUACCAUAUGGCAAACAUGAGUGACUAAAAUCAUUUAUCGUCAGUGAACCACAAUGAGUAUUGGGGACUUAAAAGGAG